AUGAACGACAUGUCCGCCGAAGAUUAUCCCCCAGGCGUCGGCCUUGAAGUAUCUCCCGUUGCCCAGCAUGACCCUCCGGGACUCGUGCGCAACGUCGAGUCGCGUCCCCAUGUCCUCAUCCAUGAAAUGACGGACAUGUUCCCCGGCGAGAGUGUUCUUCACCACGGUGUCACUGGCACCGUUGACGAGACUGCGGCUCUGGAACAGCCCCUCCCGCUCGAAUCUCAUGCUGCCAUCAGCCAGGAGCCCAGCGCUCCGCCCAUUCCUGACACCUUUCCCGCCUUGGAAUCUAACGACGCCAUCGUGGCCCGCCUUUCGUCCUCAGAUGAACGUCAUGCUCCUAACAGGGCUCGUUUCGUCUGCUACAAGCUCAGCAAUCCAUGGUUGGCAUUGCUCAUCGCUGGGGCCUCGGCGUUGAUCACAGUGCCAGGUGUCGUUCUCGGGGUCCUGAUGAGGCAGGUGCUCAUGGGCAUUGCGCUCUCUGGGGCUAUCACUACGGUGGUUGCGGAGGCCAUCAUCUCGUUGAAGGCCGUGCAAAGGAGGUAA